AUGUCCAAUCUGAAUGAUCGUGACACUCGCCUCAAAGCGCCAGAAGAGGCAGUUCGACAGAAGUCCGCAUCAUCGGCGGAUGCCAACGAGAGAGAGCAGAGAGAUGCUCGCUUGAAGGAAUGGGACAGGGAUACCGGGAAUAUCCUGACAUUUACGAGCCUAUUCGCGCUCAUCGUUGCAGCCUUCGCUGUCGAGAGCCAGAAGGGACUGUCGCCAGAUAUAACUGCCGACCUUCUGACACAGAUCCUGGCGGCGAACACAGAUGCCCCAGUGCCUCCCUCCGUGCCGUUCAAGGCCGAUACCAGCGUGAUAGUUUACAAUGCGCUCUGGUUCGGCAGUCUCGCCAUUUCUUUGCUGUGCGCUCUCGGAGCCAACUUCAUGCAACAAUGGUCUCGAGACUACGCUCGUGAUUAUGAGCGAAAGAGGCAUCUUGUUAACGAUAUCCGCCUUCCUCCGGCGCUUACCAGCAUCUUUUUGGACACGGGCGCCCAGCUGUAUGGCAUGGAUGUGAUCACUGACCUCCUCGUGGCUUCGGUGCACUUCUCCGUGAUGCUCUUCCUGGGCGGCCUCGUGUUGUUCAUGUAUACUGUCGAUACGACAGUUGCCUAUUGCCUUAUCGCCGUCAUUGGGCCAGUUGUGUGA